CUUUCAGGAAGUGAAGCACCACCUUUCUAAAUUUCCUUAACAUUAUUUGAUUUAGAGGCCAAUCCAUCACAUGAAGAAGCAAAUCAGAUUAUGCCCCCAAAAUAAUCUCUUUUGAUCUCUAUUUUGAAUCUCCUCCACUUCAAAAUCCCCCCUUUUCUCUUCUUUUCUUCUGAUUUCAGAAGUUGGGUUUUAGGUUUUUGUUUCCUCUCUAAUUUGUUUUAGUUUUUUUUUUCUUUUUCUUUUAUUUCCAUUCUGAAAGUUUUGAGUUGAUCUUCUAAUCUCUUUCCAAGCUCUGGGUAAAACAAAAGAUAAAAAAAAUAAAUAAAAAUCAUCUUUUGAGUAGUCUUGGUUUUUCAAAAAAAAUCAUCUUCUGAUUCUUGGGUGCUUCCAAAAAUCCGAUUUUGAGCAUUGUGCUCUUCGAAAGAUUCAAUUUUUCCUCUCAUAAAUGCAGAACCCCCUCCAAAGGUUCUACUUUGAGAUGCUUCUUUGCCUGGGGAAGGGCUUCUUCUGAGCAAGCACAGAGAGUGUGGUGAAAAUUUGCAGGGGAAGAAGAUGAUUCAGCUUCUCUUUCUAGUGCUGUUUCUGGAAGGUGCAGUGGCAUUGCUUCUGAUGGUGAAGAUCGGGCCGCUUCGCGAGCUGGCCAUGAGAGUUUUGGACCAGCUGAAGACCGGGAAGGGCCCGGCGACGGUGAAGACGCUGGCGUGCACGAUGUCGGUGAUCCUCGCGUCGAGCAUCGCGAGCAUUCUCAAGAUCCAGAACAGAGGUUUGAAGCUUGGGACUGUCACUCCCAUGGACCAGGUCCUUUGGAGGACUCACCUUCUUGAGGCCUCUCUCAUUGGCUUCACGCUGUUCCUCGCAUUCGUCAUUGAUCGUUUGCAUCACUACAUCCGAAAACUCGUCACUCUAAAGAAAGCCCUCAGCACGUCAAGAGACGAAGUCGAGAAGCUCCAAAAUGAGAACACCCGCUUCAAAGGAAAAGAAGAGAAAUCGUCGAGUGAGAUAAAGAAGCUCCAUGAAGAAAUGGCCGGCUUAGUCGAGAAGCUGCAGAAGCAGAAGUCGGAAGCGGAGGAGCAGGACAGGCGCGUGGAAACUGCAGAAGCCCACGUUGCAGCUCUCCAGAAGCAGUCGGAAGAGCUUCUCCUCGAGUACGACCGAUUGCUCGAGGAUAACCAAAUCCUUCAGUCCCAAGCUCUCGCAUUUCGAUCCGUUCCUGGCACCAUUCCUGUGAAGUGUUCCUGCUGAUGUACUUUAUUUGGUUUCACUUUGUAACUCUUUACUUUCGUUCCAUCAAAUUGCCCCAGGUUGUUUUUUUAGCGUGCA